AUGCAGAGAAUAUUAGAGAAGAAACACUUCAGAAACAAACAGAAAGAGAUAGAAUACAUUUCGAAGAAAUUGCAAUCUUACGAUUGGAAGACAUACCCUCAUAGAUGUCUUCUUAUCUUAGAUGACUUUGCUUCUCAUCCUUUGUUAAAGAACAGAGAACAAGACAUGUGUCGAAUUCUUAAGAAGCUCAGACACUUUAACAUCUCAGUCGUAAUAUGUGUACAGACAGCAAAGAGUUUAAGUAAGGAUGUUAAAAGAAUACUUACUGACAUUAUACUUUUCCCCGGAUUGUCCGAAGACGAUUUCAUGGAACUUAUGAAAGAGUCCAUGGCAGGUAA